AUGGAGAAUGAAGAAUGUGCAAUUUCUAGCAUGAGCAAUUGCUCAGAAGCCACUUUAUAUAUUGUGAGUAGAUCAAAUUCUGGCGCUUGAAAAUCAGUAAAAAAAUUUAAAUUAAUUUCAGGAUGAAGAUGAGACACGAAUAGUUGAAGCUGAAACUUCUGGAACUCGAGAAUUGGCUGAAAAUUCCAGAAGACCGGCUGAAAAUUUGACUGAAAAUCCUGGAACUUCUGAAAAUCCCAGACCUUCUGAAACUCCAAAAAUCACAAUCGACGUGGCAAUUCAAACAGAUCCAGGUGAUUUUUUAAAUCAAAAAAUUUUUCCAAAAUUUCAAAAAAAAAUUGCAGAGCCCCCGAAAAACGUGGAAAACCUGACAGUUUUGGAGUUUUUGCUGCUCCGCGAUUCCCAGAAAGAUCUAGAGAUCCAGAAUCUGAAAUCCAAGCUGCAAGAUCUGGAGACAUCGCUCCAGAAUCGCAAUCAACUUCGGAUCGAAGAAUUGGUGCAGCCGGAAAAUCCAGCGAUUUUGGAGCCCGAAAAUCCGGAAGUGAUAGUGGAACAGGUGGAAUUUCCAGCACCGCCGCCGAAAAAAUCGAAAAAAGUGGAGCCGAAGCCGAGCAAAAAACCGAAAAAGUUGACGGAAGUCGAAAAAUUGGCCAGAUGGAGCUAUUGGAAAGAGUGA